AUGUCUUGCCCGAGCCUUGCCGGAGUGGACCUUCUGGCGGCAGCUAAGUGCCGCACACUUUACAACGGAGUGAAGUUGCCCAUGAUAGGUCUGGGCACUUGGCGCCUUCGGGGUGACCGACUUCGCUCUGGGGUUUUCGGAGCUCUCAACGAGCGCUACGGUUUGAUCGACAGCGCUGCGGUGUACGAGAAUGAGGAGGAAAUCCGAGAGCUUCUGAAAGAGGCGGGAAGCGGAGGAGUGGAUGCCAACAGCCACGAGAACAGACAGCGGCGUAUUGAAAGUUGGCGAGCUUUGGAACAGCUAUAUGAGGAGAAGAAGGUCCGCGCUAUUGGCGUGUCUAAUUUUUUAGUGCCUCAUCUUGAGCAGCUGAUGGAAGACGGAGCCAAAAUCAGGCCGAUGGUGGACCAGAUUGAAUGGCAUCCGAUGUGUUGGGUGCCUGAUUUGAUUCCGUAUGCGGAGAAACACAACAUCACACUGCAGGCGUAUUCGUCUCUCGGGUCUGGGGAGAACAGGUUAAUGGAGCAUGAAGUUGUCAAGCAGAUCGCCAAGGAAAUCAAUAAAUCCCCCAGUGUCGUGCUCCUGCGGUGGCCGCUCCAGCAGGGACUUGUGGUAAUCCCGUGCAGCACAUCACAGGAGCACCUAAGGGAGAAUUUGGAAGCGCUAGAUGUGGAGCUUUCGGAAGAUCAGAUGAAGCGACUUGCUAAUUGCCGCAUCGUAGAAUUCAUGCAGGCGUAUUUGCCCGUCGUAUUCUCUGCGAUUACUAGGCCUGAGGAGUGGUGGCUUCACCUCAAAUGGUUCGGCUAUUGA